AAACGGAAGACGGCGGGCUGUUGUGUGCUCGUGCUAGUAGUGCCAUUGUAACGUAUGAGAAACGCAUUUUAGCACCGACUUAAACUUUUUUUUAAAGCCGAUCUCAUGCUACAAUUUUGAGUAUUGCACGGAUGCUACAAACGUUUACAUAAAAUAACAGAGUGAAGUGAACUCUGUGGAUGUUUAGAGUCGCCGAGCUGCAUCUCGCUGAAUAAAAGUGCGGUAAAAGCUAAAGGACUAAGCUGGCACCAUGGCGGAUGUCACUGCCCGUAGUCUCCAGUAUGAGUACAAAGCGAACUCAAACUUGGUGUUACAAGCUGAUCGCUCCCUGAUCGACCGAACACGAAGAGAUGAACCCACCGGAGAGGUGCUGUCCUUGGUGGGGAAGCUGGAAGGGACCAAGAUGGGAGACAAGGCUCAGAGGACCAAACCUCAGAAACUGGAGGAGAGACGAGACAAGAGACGAAAAAGAGAUGAGGACAGACACGAUAUCAACAAAAUGAAGGGCUUUACCCUUUUGUCUGAAGGCAUUGAUGAAAUGGUGGGCAUUGUGUACAAGCCCAAAACCAAGGAAACCAGAGAGACCUAUGAAGUGUUGCUAAGCUUUAUUCAUGCUGCUUUGGGAGAUCAGCCACGCGAUAUCUUGUGUGGAGCAGCUGAUGAAGUGUUAGCAGUGCUUAAGAAUGAUAAAAUGAGGGACAAGGAAAGGCGCCGUGAAGUAGAGCAGCUUCUUGGAGCUGUUGAUGAGACACGUUAUCAUGUGCUGGUCAAUUUGGGCAAGAAGAUCACAGACUAUGGUGGUGACAAGGACCUGCAGAACAUGGAUGACAACAUUGAUGAAACCUACGGCGUAAAUGUUCAGUUUGAAUCUGAUGAGGAGGAAGGGGAUGAAGACCAGUUUGGUGAAGUACGAGAUGAGCACUCUGAUGAAGACAGUGAGGGAGAAGAGGCAGAUAUGGUCUGCACUUUGUCAGCCAAUCUGGGUGCGACGGGUGAUGUAAUGACAGUAAAGAAAAAGGAUCUGCAUCCUCGAGACAUAGAUGCCUUCUGGCUUCAGCGACAGCUCAGCAGAUUUUAUGAUGAUGCCAUUGUCUCACAGAAGAAAGCUGAUGAAGUCUUAGAAAUUCUCAAGACUGCCAGUGAUGACAGAGAAUGUGAGAACCAGCUGGUCUUGCUGUUGGGCUUCAAUACCUUUGAUUUCAUCAAAAUUCUCCGUCAGCAUCGUCGCAUGAUUCAGUACUGUACCAUGCUGGCCAGUGCUCAGAGUGAAGCAGAAAAAGAACGAAUCAUAGGAAAGAUGGAGUCUGACCAGGAACUGUCCAAGAUUCUUUAUCAGCUGCAAGAGACAGAGAAGGAGGAUAUUAUUCGAGAGGAGCGAUCUCGCAGAGAGCGGGUGAGGAAGUCUCGUGUUGAUGACAUGGAGGCAAUGGACAUCGAUCGUGGCGAUUCAGUGGCCCCGAGACAGUUACUAGACCUUGAGGACUUGGCCUUCACUCAGGGAAGCCAUUUCAUGGCAAACAAGAGAUGCCAACUGCCUGAUGGGUCAUUUCGUAAACAGCGCAAAGGUUAUGAAGAAGUUCAUGUCCCUGCUCUUAAACCCAAGCCCUUUGCUGAAGAUGAGGUGCUUGUGGCCAUUGAGAAGUUACCCAAGUAUGCCCAGGCUGGAUUUGAAGGAUUCAAAACUUUGAACCGCAUCCAGAGCAAGCUGUUCAAGACAACCAUGGAAACGGAUGAGAAUCUACUCGUGUGUGCACCUACGGGAGCUGGUAAGACCAACGUAGCCUUGAUGGCAAUGCUGAGGGAAAUUGGAAAGCACAUAAACAUGGAUGGAACUAUCAAUUUGGAUGACUUCAAAAUAAUCUACAUUGCACCCAUGCGCUCACUGGUACAGGAAAUGGUGGGAAGCUUCAGCAAGCGCUUGGCGAGUUACGGCAUCACAGUGUCUGAACUGACAGGAGACCAUCAGCUUUGUAAGGAGGAGAUUAAUGCCACUCAGAUCAUCGUUUGUACACCUGAGAAAUGGGACAUCAUCACUCGGAAAGGUGGCGAGCGAACUUACACUCAGCUUGUGCGCCUCAUAAUAAUUGAUGAAAUCCACCUGCUGCAUGAUGACCGUGGACCCGUGUUGGAAUCUCUGGUGGCAAGGACGAUCCGCAACGUGGAGCUCACCCAGGAGGACGUGCGUCUGCUGGGCCUUAGUGCCACACUGCCCAACUAUGAGGACGUGGCUACUUGCCUGCGUGUAGAUCCUGCAAAGGGUCUUUUCUACUUUGACAAUAGUUUCCGUCCAGUUCCCCUUGAGCAAACCUAUGUUGGCAUCACAGAGAAGAAGGCCAUUAAGCGUUUCCAGAUCAUGAAUGAGAUUGUUUAUGAAAAAAUAAUGGAGCAUGCUGGAAAGAAUCAGGUGCUAGUAUUUGUCCACUCCAGGAAGGAGACAGGAAAGACGGCCAGGGCCAUAAGGGACAUGUGUUUGGAGAAGGACACAUUGGGACUUUUCCUGAGGGAAGGGUCAGCAUCUACUGAAGUCUUGAGGACUGAGGCAGAACAGUGCAAGAAUCUGGAGCUGAAGGACCUGCUGCCUUAUGGCUUUGCAAUUCACCAUGCUGGAAUGACCAGAGUCGACCGUACCUUGGUAGAAGAUCUGUUUGCCGAUCGACACAUACAGGUUCUGGUGUCGACAGCCACUCUGGCCUGGGGUGUCAAUUUGCCAGCACACACCGUCAUUAUCAAAGGAACACAGGUGUAUAGCCCAGAGAAAGGCAGAUGGACUGAGCUUGGAGCCCUGGACAUUUUACAGAUGCUUGGUCGUGCUGGUCGUCCUCAAUAUGACACCAAGGGAGAGGGCAUCUUGAUCACUUCCCACGGGGAGCUGCAGUACUAUCUGUCUCUGCUCAACCAGCAGCUGCCCAUAGAGAGUCAGAUGGUAGGCAAGCUGCCUGACAUGCUCAACGCUGAGAUAGUACUGGGCAAUGUGCAGAAUGUCAAGGAUGCUGUGAACUGGCUAGGUUACACAUACUUGUAUGUGCGCAUGCUCCGUAACCCAACACUAUAUGGAGUCUCUCAUGAUGACCGGAGUUUGGACCCCCUGCUGGAGAGGCGGAGGAUGGACCUGGUGCAUACAGCAGCCAAUGUCCUGGAUAAGAACAGUCUCAUCAAGUAUGACAAGAGGACUGGCAGCUUUCAGGUUACAGAUCUGGGACGAAUUGCCAGCCACUUCUACAUCACUCAUGAUUCCAUUCAAACUUAUAACCAGCUUCUGAAACCUACUCUCAGUGAAAUCGAGCUCUUUAGAGUUUUUUCACUGUCCUCUGAGUUCAGGAACAUCACAGUGAGAGAGGAGGAGAAACUAGAGCUUCAGAAGCUGCUGGAAAGAGUACCCAUUCCUGUGAAGGAAAGCAUUGAAGAGCCUAGCGCUAAGAUCAACGUGCUGCUCCAGGCAUACAUCUCUCAGCUCAAACUGGAAGGCUUCGCUCUUAUGGCUGACAUGGUCUAUGUUACACAGAGCGCUGGAAGGUUGAUGCGAGCCAUAUUUGAGAUUGUGCUCAACAGGGGGUGGGCUCAACUCACAGACAAGACCAUGAAUCUUUGCAAGAUGAUUGACAAGAGAAUGUGGCAGUCCAUGUCUCCUCUACGACAGUUCAAGAAGCUGCCUGAGGAGGUGAUCAAGAAGAUCGAGAAGAAAAACUUCCCCUUUGAGCGUCUCUAUGACCUCAACCACAAUGAAAUUGGUGAGCUGAUACGUAUGCCAAAGAUGGGGAAAACUAUCCACAAAUAUCUCCACCAGUUCCCCAAACUGGACUUGGCUGUGCACCUGCAGCCUAUCACCCGCUCAACGCUAAAAGUGGAGCUCACCGUUACGCCUGAUUUUCAGUGGGACGACAAGAUUCAUGGAUCAUCUGAGGCUUUCUGGAUAUUGGUGGAAGAUGUGGACAGUGAAGUCAUUCUCCAUCAUGAGUACUUCUUGCUCAAAGCCAAGUACGCCCAGGACGAACAUCUUGUGACGUUUUUUGUCCCAGUUUUUGAGCCUCUGCCUCCACAAUACUUCAUCCGUGUCGUUUCCGAUCGCUGGCUCUCCUGUGAGACUCAGCUCCCAGUGUCCUUCCGGCACCUGAUCCUACCAGAGAAAUAUCCCCCACCCACUGAGCUCCUGGACCUGCAGCCUCUUCCUGUCACUGCUCUCAGGAACUCUGCCUUUGAGGCUCUCUACCAAAACAAGUUCCCUUUCUUCAACCCUAUUCAAACACAAGUCUUCAAUGCUGUGUACAACAGUGAUGAUAAUGUGUUCGUGGGAGCUCCAACCGGCAGCGGCAAGACCAUCUGUGCUGAGUUUGCUAUUCUGAGGAUGCUGCUGCACAAUGCGGAGGGUCGCUGUGUCUACAUUACCCCCAUGGAAGCACUGGCUGAGCAGGUGUUUGUUGACUGGCACCAAAAGUUCCAGGACAUCCUAAACAAGAAGGUGGUCCUGCUGACAGGCGAGACCAGUACCGAUCUGAAGCUCCUGGGAAAAGGGGAUAUUAUUGUCAGUACACCCGACAAGUGGGACAUCCUUUCACGCCGUUGGAAACAGAGGAAGAACGUCCAGAACGUCAGCCUGUUCGUUGUGGAUGAGGCUCACCUCAUCGGAGGAGAUAAUGGGCCCGUAUUGGAGGUCAUCUGCUCCAGAAUGAGGUACAUCUCCUCCCAGAUUGAGCGUCCCAUCCGCAUCGUGGCCCUCAGUUCGUCCUUAUCUAACGCCAAAGACGUGGCCCACUGGCUGGGCUGCAGCACCACUGCAACAUUCAACUUCCACCCCAAUGUCAGGCCCGUUCCUCUGGAGCUGCACAUCCAGGGUUUCAACGUGAGUCACACCCAGACACGUCUCCUGUCCAUGGCUAAACCAGUGUACCAUGCCAUCAUGAAGCACUCUCCCUCCAAGCCAGCCGUGGUGUUCGUCCCUUCCCGCAGACAGACCCGCCUCACAGCCAUUGACAUCCUCACGUUCUGUGCUGCCGAUGUAGUCCCUCAGAGGUUUCUGCAUUGCAAUGAGAAAGACCUUGUUCCAUUUUUGGAGAAAAUAAAAGAUUCAACUCUGAAAGAGACUCUGGCCAACGGGGUCGGGUACCUCCAUGAGGGCCUGUCUGCAACUGAGCGCAGGAUCGUGGAGCAGCUCUUUAACUCAGGUGCUGUGCAGGUGGUGGUGUCCUCUAGAUCACUCUGUUGGGGAAUCAACAUCUCUGCACACCUUGUCAUUGUCAUGGACACCCAGUACUACAAUGGCAAAAUCCAUGCAUAUGUGGACUAUCCCAUAUACGACGUCCUCCAGAUGGUGGGCAAGGCCAAUCGACCAAUGCUAGAUGAUGAGGGGCGCUGUGUCAUUAUGUGUCAGGGUUCCAAGAAGGACUUCUUCAAGAAGUUUCUUUAUGAGCCGCUGCCAGUGGAGUCUCACUUGGACCACUGCCUCCACGACCACUUUAAUGCUGAAAUCGUCACCAAGACAGUGGAGAACAAGCAGGAUGCUGUGGACUAUCUGACGUGGACAUUCUUAUAUCGCCGCAUGACCCAGAACCCCAACUACUACAACCUACAAGGCAUGUCCCAUCGUCAUCUGUCUGACCACCUGUCCGAGCUGGUGGAAAACACAUUACAUGACCUGGAGCAGUCCAAGUGCAUCAGCAUAGAGGAUGAGAUGGAUGUAGCACCCCUCAAUUUGGGCAUGAUUGCUGCUUAUUACUACAUCAACUACACCACCAUCGAAUUGUUCAGCAUGUCUCUAAAUGCCAAGACAAAGAUCCGUGGGCUGAUUGAGAUCAUCUCCAAUGCUGCCGAGUACAAGAACAUUCCCAUUAGACACCAUGAAGAUGCACUUCUCAGACAGUUGGCACAGAAAGUGCCUCACAAGUUGAACAACCCUAAGUUCAACGAUCCCCACGUGAAGACGAACCUUCUGCUGCAAGCCCAUCUCUCCAGGAUGCAGCUGAGUGCUGAGCUGCAAUCUGAUACUGAGGAGAUCCUAAGCAAGGCUGUUCGUCUGAUCCAGGCCUGUGUUGACGUGCUGUCCAGUAACGGCUGGCUGAGUCCUGCACUGGCAGCUAUGGAGCUGGCACAGAUGGUCACCCAGGCCAUGUGGUCCAAGGACUCAUACCUCAAACAGCUGCCCUUCUUCACCUCAGAGCACAUCAAGCGAUGCACAGACAAGGGUGUUGAAAGUAUUUUCGACAUCAUGGAGAUGGAGGAUGAGGACAGGACUUCACUGCUGCAGCUAUCAGACAUACAGAUGGCUGACGUAGCUCGCUUCUGUAACCGCUACCCUAACAUUGAGCUGUCGUAUGAAGUGGCAGAAAAGGACAACAUCAAAAGUGGUAGCCCAGUUCUGGUUCAAGUACAGCUGGAGAGAGAGGAGGAGGUGACUGGACCUGUCAUUGCUCCUCUUUUCCCACAGAAACGUGAAGAAGGCUGGUGGGUAGUGAUUGGAGACCCCAAGUCAAACAGCCUUAUCUCUAUCAAGAGGUUGACUCUUCAACAGAAAGCAAAGGUUAAAUUGGACUUUGUUGCACCAGCGAUGGGUGUUCAUAACUACACCCUGUACUUCAUGAGUGACGCAUACAUGGGUUGUGACCAGGAGUACAAGUUCAGUGCUGAUGUGAAGGAGGCAGACAGCGAAGGAGACAGUGAUUCAGACUAAUCUGUAACAUGAUUGUUGCAGUGUCUAGAAUUGUCAUUAAUGGGAAGAGGGAUCAGAUUUUUAAAAAUUACUGUAGAUAUUCAGUUUUGCUUUUGUCUUUUGAUUUUCGCCAUAGGCAUCUCAUUAUUUACCCUUCUUUCUGUGAGGAUGCUUAUGUUUUUAUGUUUUCACCUCAGUCCACAAUAGCAGUGUAUAGAAUUCGAAUACGGAUUCAUGGCAAACUAAUUUGGUGUUCAGCAGCUACUACCAGUACAGCUCCAAUCUGGAACUUUCAUAUUUGACUUGUGUAUGAGUUUUGUGACAUUACAUUGUUACAAGAAACACCCAAACCUGCUGCGUUCAAGUUGGUGACUGUCUAAUUGUAUUUUGGACUUAAAUCAUUGUGAAAUCCUAAUUCUUGGACUGAUCAAUCUUUUUUAGUCCGAGUGUAAUGUUAUGUCUGAAAUAUUUUUUUCAAUAAAGAGAAGUGAUAAUA